AACUGCAACGCCACCAAACUCAUCAGUUGGUGGCGAACGCUCGUACUUAACGGUCGCGUUCUGGUGCCAGUUCUUAUUCUGGUUUUACGCUUAUUGCGUUUAAUUUAUUAAUAUUAAAAAAUUAAAAAUAUUGUACAUCAACAUUUUAAGAAAUUGUGAGCCUUAGAGCGAGUCUCAAUCAAAUAACCGUUUUAGGGCGUUUGUGCAAGUAUGUGUGCAGAGAUAAAAAAGUAAUGCCAAAUAUCAUUUGCUUCGUUGAAAAUUUAAAAUAGUGUGUCUUGGGAGUUCGUGGAACUAAGUGUUCGAUAAAAAAAUCGGAGAAUUUAUUUAAAUAAGUUGAAAUAAAAUUUUAACAAAACAGGCUAAACAAUAAAAAUAAUUUUUUAACAAAUACAUAAUUGAUUAAUCAUAGUGAAUAAACAAAUGUACAAGUGUAUGUAUGUCGGAUAAGUUAUUAUCUAAACAUACAUACAUAACAGUGAAACAAAAAAGUAGUUAACACAUGACACAUAUAUAAUGGCUGUAAAGAUGCUCUAUCGAGGACCAAGUUCAAGACUUGAAAAUUUAAUUGAAAAGAUACAGGCUACAAAGGAAAUUGGAACUGCAGAUAUGUACUCAACACAUACAUCUUCAAACUAUUCGCCGUCUGUGUCGGAUGGCACCUUAACGCCAAACUCAUUAAAAAGUCAUGAACACACGAUGCCAUAUCUUGCUAACCUACAGACUAUGCAAUACUUUCCACAGCACGCAGAUGUUAGUCGGAAUGAAAACCAAACUAAACAAGUAAAUAUUGACGGCAAUGAAGUGGGUGGUAAAGGAGAUGGCAAAACAAAUGAAAAAAGUUCGGUGGAGACACUUGACAUAACGAAACUUGAAGAAGGCAAUGUUAUCGCGGAUAUACAACACAAGAGACAAGCGCGUUUUCAUCGGCAGCACCUUUACCACCAUGGAGAGUAUAACAGUGAGAAACUUGUUACCAAACUGAGAAAAAUUGAAAGAGUCGCGUCAAAGUUUGAUAAGUUGACAGGAGACGGCAUUAAGGGAAGCAGCGUUGAUGGGUCUUAUCAAUGUCAGUUCUGUGAAAAAUCAUUUCCGCGGCUUGGCUAUUUAAAAAAACACGAACAGAGUCAUGCCGAACAUCUACCUUUUAAAUGCGAAUAUUGCGCUAGACUAUUUAAACACAAGAGGUCCAGAGAUCGCCACACCAAACUGCAUACUGGAGAUCGUCGUUACCGCUGUCCACAUUGCGAGGCAGCUUUCUCUCGAAGCGAUCAUCUCAAAAUCCAUAUGAAAACGCAUGAUAAUCAGAAACCAUUCCAAUGUACUGUGUGCAACCGUGGUUACAAUACUGCGGCAGCAUUAACUUCGCAUAUGCAAAACCAUAAGAAACAGGCUGCUAUUUUAGCGGCAGGGGGGAAUCCGCAAUCACUUAAUUACAGUCCCCGCUCAAAUGGUUCCGUAUCCAGUGGUGGAAGUUUCCAUAAAAGGCGAUAUGGCACUUCAUUAGCUCCAGCUGAUAGUAAAACAAAUCGAUUGGAUCAGCCGAAACGACCACGCACUGUCAACCAAUUGACAUGUAAUUAUUGCACCAAUUCUGAGUUUAAAACGAUCGAGCAGCUUAAUGAACAUAUUCACUCAAAGCAUGAUCAAGAUGUAUUUUCGCCAAAGAAACAGACGCCACAGCUCUCUGCUAGUAACACUAUUUCGGAUAUGAACCCGUUCAAAUUACAUUGUGAAUAUUGUACUAUGCAGUUUGGAAAUCUUCCCGCAUUAUUUCAACACAUACGCCUCGCACAUGUCGACCGUUUGGCCAGUCCCAAUUCAUAUUUUGAGCACUUCAAUCGUUUGGCUGCAUCCGGUACUUUUAGUCCUCGUCUCGUGAGUGACAAGCCAGUUGUAAGAGAAGAUAACGUAACAAAUGUGAGCAAUAUAAAGCUGGAACAGCAUUUACCUACGGGAAGUGUACAUGCUGAAAAGCAGGAAGAUGAGCCCACUGAUCUUAGUCAAAAUAAACGACGUUCAACAACGCCGGUGCCACUGCCAGAAGAGUCACCUCAGCCUGAUAUGUUUUUUUGCAAUCAAUGUAAUGCUGGAUUACCUGAUUUCGAUAAGUUUCGGAACCAUUUAAAAACACAUAUAACGCAAGACAUAAAUCUCAUAUGCCACCAUUGUGGUCUGGCAUCACAAGAACAAUCGGAACACGAACGACAUGUCAUCUCACAUUAUUUAAUAACGAGCUCUGAAUAUAACUGUGCGGGUAAUAAAUGUGACAAAUCGUUGUCAAAGCCCGAGGAGCUUCAGGCUCACAUGUUGGAGCAGCACGCAAUUCCUAUGUUCAAGUGUGCUAUAUGCUCGGAACUCCUUGAGUCGAAAAUGGCAAUUCAGCUGCAUUUUGCUUGUACACAUUCCAUUGAAACGAAAAUAUUUCGCUGUUCAGCGUGUAUGGCAGAGUGUCGUUCGGAGAAUGAGUUCAGUGUACACGUCAAAUCACAUCAUCCCGGACUAAAUGGGCCGAUACCAAAUUCCCUUCAAUGCAUGUUUUGCCGCACUGUCUGCUCAAAUGAAUUGGAGAUGCAUUUCCAUUUAGCCGCACACGCUCGCCAAUUCCAGUGCCCAUCAUGCCCGGAAACAUUUCAUGUAGAAUUUCUGUUGGAUCGGCACAUGCAAAAUCAUCACACAGGUAAUAACAGGUCAACACUACCUUCGAAAGCUGCAUACGAAGAGGUGUCUACGCCAUCAAAUAUGCCAAGUCAAAUGAACACACUUUAUAUGAAUGCCUUGAUUAGCAAAACGCCGCAAAUGCCGGUUUCAGCUCAAAAUAACAACACUAGCGUUCUUGACUACAACACUGCAUUUGCGGCACACCUCAAUAAGAGCCUUCUCCCUGGACCUAAUGCGGUGGCAACGAUCUUGACUGAUGAUAAGUUUUACAAUUCAUUGCAAGUCGAUACAGGAACAGUGAAGCAUCCUGGUCUUAUGUACGGCCUUAGUCGCCGAUAUUUCGACACAAGCCGAACUUUAAUAGAGAUGUAUGCGCAGCAGAGAAUAGAGAAACCAACCAUUGCGGAAAACUAUUACAGCAGCCCAAAAGCACAGCAUUUAAAGUCCCAAGCUGAGCUAAAUCAAGUUCGUUCGUCAGUCGAGUCAAACAAUCCAACAACUGUUGUUUCGAACUCUUCAAUGGGUUACAGCUGUGAUAUUUGCGAACGCAAUGAUUUCCGCUCGGAAGGAGAGGUUAACUCACAUCGUAAAAUAGUGCAUAACAUGAAGACGGGCGUUAGUCUACGUUGCGCUUAUUGCUCAGGAAAUUUUAAGUCACGCAGUGAGUUGGAACACCACAUGAAGACUUGUCAUAAUUCUACGGGAAAACACAAAUGUCUCAUUUGCGAUGAAAUAUUCCCCUCACCAGCCAUAUUGGCAGAGCACAAGUUGCAACACUCUAAAGUCGGUCAAUCCGGGAAGUGUUCGCACUGCAGCAAACCUUUGGACGAUAUUGUGGCAUUUAAGGCACAUCUUAGCGAGCACAAUAAUGAGAGUCAGCUGCCAAUGCAAUGUAUCUGCUGCCGACAAUCGCUGCACUCCGAUUUCGAGAUCAGCUUACAUGCACAAUUCCAUACUAAAUCUUCAAACAAUCUCGAAAGCGUCUGUGCGCUUUGCUUGGAGUCUAUACCGAAUCCAAUUAACGGCGAAGCAAAGGUUUGUGACAAAUGCUGCCGGAAGCACAAACUUGGCGUAAAACGCUUACGUAACGACCUCUAUGAACGAGCCCCCGAAUCUUGCCGAAGCACAUUGAAGUUGGAAAGUCGUUGUAAUAUCUGCAAAUUGAUCUUACCACGCCCUCAGAAACUCCAAGAACACUUGGUUGAACAUACAUUUGCUGGUUGUGAAGAGCGGGGCUUUAAUUGUUACAUAUGCUCAGCUGUAUUUACGGCGCCAAGUGGCUUACUAUCCCACAUGCAUGAACAUGGGCUGCAGAGCAGGCCCUACGACUGUAAUCUAUGUAGCGAUAAGUUCUUUUUCCGUGCGGAACUGGAACAUCAUUUACUAACCCAUGAGAAGCAGGAGUCCUUGUUGGUUGAGUCCAAAAAUAAAGAAAAAUCUAAAGAUAAAUUAUCGUUCCUAAAAGCAGACGAUAACUCCGCGUCCUAUCUAACUGAGGUUAAAAAGGAAAUAUUGCCGGUCGAUGAUAAAAACACCGCAGGAGAAGAGGACGAGUACAUCGAAAUUGAAAAUGUUACUGAUGUCCAGCACGCAUAUAAUAAUCCACAGCCAACUUAUGCCACAUAUAAAGAAGGUCUACCAAUGGCGGAACUGGAGUAAAAGUGUGCCGAAGAAAACAGUAUUUAAUAAUUUCAAGUUGUGUACUCCUAAUGCCUAUUAGAAAAUAUGUGUAACAUAAAAUAAUAAUUAUAUAUACAGCCUAUUAUUGUUUCGUUUAUGGUUCAGUUAGUUAUUUUAACAGUUUAGCCGAAGUUAUAAAUUCGUUGCACAAGUGGUAACAUUAAUAUUGUUUAAGUUUUGGUGAUUUUGGUAUAAAAACGCAAGUUAAUAUUCCGGAAUCUAAAGUUAGGCAGAUUUAAAAUAUGUAAGAAGAUAUUUGUAAAACAGUUAAAAAUAUGUAAGUUCAAAUUUAAGCAAAUUUUUAUCAUUUCGUCGAUUAUUAUUGAUAGCUUUAGGUCAAUUGUAGCCAAUUAAUUUUUUCGCAACUUAAAAAUGAUUCGUAACUAGAUCUAGAAACAGUAAGCAUAAACGUACGGCUAUUAAACAUUUAAACCAGCAUACAACAUACAAUAUAGGAAACCUAUAAAUAUGUAUUAAUGAAACUUUUAACAACAACAAACAAAUAUAUA